CUGGGUCUGCUCGGCGCAGCCGCUCNNCUGGCCGCCGCUUCCGACGUUGUCGACCUUAAGCAGGACACCUUCAAGGGUUUCGUCGAGGAGAACGACCUCGUCCUCGCAGAAUGUAAGCACUGUUUCCUGGUCCGCCAUACUACGAGCAUACGUCUGACAACAGCACACAGUCUUCGCCCCUGGUGCGGACACUGCAAGGCUCUCGCACCCGAGUACGAGGAGGCCGCUACCACCCUCAAGGAGAAGAACAUUGCCCUGGCCAAGAUUGACUGCACCGAGGAGGCCGACCUCUGCCGCGACCACGGUGUCGAGGGCUACCCUACCCUCAAGGUCUUCAGAGGCCUCGACAAUGUCUCCCCUUACAGCGGCCAGCGCAAGGCCCCUGCGUACGCUAUACCAGCGUUAGCACGACAAGAGAUUUUAGCUAACAUUCCUGCAGCANUUGUCUCAUACAUGACCAAGCAGUCCCUGCCCGCCGUUUCCAUCGUCGACAAAGCCACCAUUGAGGACUUCAAGACCGCGGACAAGGUCGUCCUGGUCGGCUACUUCGCCGCCGACGACAAGGCUUCCAACGAGACUUUCACCGCUGCCGCCAACGGCCUCCGCGAAAACUUCCUUUUCGGUGCCACCAGCGACGCCGCUCUGGCCAAGGCCGAGGGUGUCAAGCAGCCCUCGAUUGUUCUUUACAAGAGCUUCGAUGAGGGCAAGAACACCUUCGACGAGAAGUUCACCAAAGAAGCCAUCACCACCUUCGCCAACACUGCCUCCGUUCCUCUGAUUGGUGAGGUCGGUCCCGAGACCUACUCCACCUACAUGGCCCGCAUAGCUGACAUUACAUUCACAGGCCGGUAUCCCCUCGCCUACAUCUUCGCCGAGACUCCCGAGGAGCGUGAGACUCUUGCCACCUCCCUCAAGUCGGUCGCCGAGAAGCACAAGGGCAAGGUCAACUUUGCUACCAUCGACGCCAAGGCCUUCGGCCAACACGCUGGCAACCUCAACCUCGAGGUUGGCAAGUGGCCCGCCUUCGCCAUCCAGGACACUCAGAAGAACCAGAAGUUCCCCUUCGAGGGCACUGAUCUCUCCACCAAGAAGAUCACCAAGUUCCUUGACGACUUUGUUGCCGGCAAGGUCGACCCCAGCAUCAAGUCCGAGCCCGUCCCCAAGAAGAACGACGGCCCCGUCACCGUCAUUGUUGCCAAGAACUACGAUGAGAUUGUCAUGAACGCCGACAAGGAUGUCCUGGUCGAGUUCUACGCUCCCUGGUGCGGUCACUGCAAGUCCCUUGCUCCCAAGUACGAGGAGCUCGGUGAGAUGUUCAAGCCCCACUCCAACAAGGUCACCAUCGCCAAGGUCGAUGCCACUGCCAACGAUGUUCCCGAUGAGAUUCAGGGAUUCCCUACCAUCAAGCUCUUCCCUGCCCACGGUAAGGGUGAGCCCAUCGAGUACAGCGGUGCCCGCACUGUUGAGGACCUCGCCACGUUCAUCCGUGAGAACGGUAGCCACAAGAUUGACGCCGACGUUAAGAGCGACGAUGUCGAGACUGAGGGUAUGCCCAAGCAGGCCGAGGCUGCCACCGAGGGUGUCGCCGCUAAGGUCGCUGGUGCCGUCAAGGACGCAGUUGUUGAGAAGGCUGGUGAGGCUGCCGCUGUUGUCAAGGAUGGUCUCGUUGACAGCGACGGCGAUCUUGCUGAGCACGAUGAGCUU